AGCUCUGAGACCUCAAAGCCCACCAGUUUGGGGUGCAAGGAGGGAGCAUCUGCUGUGAGCUCCAGGCUCAGUGGCCCAGGAGUCGUCAGAAAGGGAGGACCAUCCAAGGCAGCAGUUCCAAGCCCAGAGGGUGGAUGCCUGCAGGGAGUCGCAGCUCUGUGGGGCCUAAGGAGGGGCUGGUGGCCAUACACCCCUGCCCCCUGGCCCAGAGGUCCCCAUGCCCGCCCUGCAGCUGCUUCUCCCUCUGCUGCUUGUCAUCAGCAUCAUUGGGCUGACUGUGGGUGCUGGCCCACUGCCAGAGCCUGGGAGUCAUCCAGGUGUGUGCCCCAACCAGCUCAGCCCACACCUGUGGGUCGACGCCCAGAGCACCUGUGAGCAUGAGUGCAUCAGGGACCAGGACUGCACAGCCUCCGAGAAGUGCUGCACCAACGUGUGUGGGCUGCAGAGCUGCGUGGCAGCCCGAUUCCCUGAUGGUGGCCCAGCCACACCCUCAAUGGCAGCCUCCUGUGAGGGCUUCCAGUGCCCACAGCAGGGUUCUGAUUGCGAUAUCUGGGAUGGGCAGCCCGUGUGUCGCUGCCGUGACCGCUGUGAGAAGGAACCUAGCUUCACCUGCGCCUCAGAUGGCCUCACCUACUAUAACCGCUGCUACAUGGACGCAGAGGCCUGCCUGCGUGGCCUUCACCUGCAUGUUGUGCCCUGCAAGCACAUCCUCAGCUGGCCUUCCAGCAGCCCUGGGCCACCUGAGACCACUGCCCGCCCGACGCCUGGAGCCGCCCCCAUGCCACCUGCCCUGUACAGCAGCCCCUCCCCACAGGCGGUACAUGUGGGAGGCACAGCCAGCUUCCACUGUGAUGUCAGCGGCCGCCCUCCACCCGCUGUGACCUGGGAAAAGCAGAGCCACCAGCGGGAGAACUUGAUCAUGCGCCCUGACCAGAUGUACGGCAACGUGGUGGUCACCAGCAUAGGGCAACUGGUGCUCUACAAUGCCCGGCCCGAGGAUGCUGGCCUGUACACUUGCACUGCACGCAACGCCGCCGGCCUUCUGCGAGCUGACUUCCCCCUCUCUGUGGUCCAGCGGGUGCCAGCAAGGGACAGAGCCCCGGGUGUCCCGGCCCUGGCCCAGUGCCUGCCCAAUACACAGGCCUGUGCUGGCCCUCCAGCCCCCCAACUCGUCCUCUGGCAUUUUGACCCGCAACGGGGUGGCUGCAUGACCUUUCCAGCCCUGGAAUGUGAUGGGGCUGCCCAGGGCUUCGAGACAUACGAGGCAUGCCAACAAGCCUGUGCCCAAGGCCCUGGGGAUGCCUGCACACUGCCGGCUGUUCAGGGUCCCUGCCAGGGCUGGGAGCCACGUUGGGCCUACAGUCCACUGCUGCAGCAGUGCCACCCCUUCGUAUACAGUGGUUGUGAGGGCAACGGCAACAAUUUUGCCAGCCGAGAGAGCUGUGAGGAUGCCUGCCCUGUGCCACGCACAACACCCUGCCGGGCCUGCCGCCUCAGAAGCAAGCUGGCAUUGAGCCUGUGCCGCAGUGACUUUGCCAUUGUGGGGCGGCUCACGGAGGUGCUGGAGGAGCCUGAGGCUGCAGGUGGCAUCGCUCGUGUGGCCCUCGAUGAUGUGCUCAAAGACGACAAGAUGGGGCUAAAGUUCUUGGGCACCAAGUACCUGGAGGUGACGCUGAGUGGCAUGGACUGGGCCUGCCCCUGCCCCAACGUGACAGCUGGUGAUGGGCCACUGGUCAUCAUGGGUGAGGUGCAUGAGGGUGUAGCUGUGCUGGAUGCUGGCAGCUAUGUCCGUGCUGCCAGCGAGAAGCGCAUCAAGAAGAUCAUGGAGCUGCUGGAGAAGAAAGUCUGUGAUCUGCUCAACCGCUUCCAAGACUAGCCUUGCCCACCAGCCCUGCUCCUGCCCUUCCGCCUGCUGAAUAAACACAUACCUCUCACCCCUGGAACUCAUGGCCUGCUGGUGCUAGUUGGAGGACCCUAAACCUUCCAGGUGCCCCUGCUCCUAGCCUGCUCUCCAGCUGGGGUCUUGCCACCAGUUAGGACUUUGGCUCCUGUUUGAGGUCACCAAGGGGUACCAGUUCACUCCCAGAUUGCUCCUGUAGACCCACAGCAGUCUUCAGAAGCACAGAAAGGUCCCAGCUCCAUGCUGCCUCAGCAAUUGCC